UGUUCGGGUAUUACUCCUACCUGCUCGCGAUGUUCUCCCCAAGAUGUCGACUGCAAAUGGGUCACUGAGUCCGCAAUGAUGUAUCGGCGGGCGAUUGCUAAGUGUCUUGAAGAGCUCGAAAAGCUCGAAAAGGUGAACAGCGAUCUCCACGAGCUGGUCAGAGAACUUUCUUCACGGCCGGAGGCCGAAGCUGUCGAAAUAUUUCAUCGGUUACGAACGUCAGGCGACGCGUUCCACGUCUUGCACCUCGUCCGGACAGGCGACCUUCUACGGAGAAAGCAACCCAACGAGGCUGGCGAAAGAUCAAAGUAG